UCUCUCUCUCUCUCUCUCUCUCUCUCUCUCUCAUUGAAGACUGGUGUAGCCCACAAAAUUCAACAAGAUAGUGAUUAACUCUGUUAUCUACUUUUUCUCUGACUUCACUGACUUCCCUGCCAUCAUCAUCCCCCAUCUCUCCUACCUCUGCUCUCCCAUAACCAUGUACCUCUCUCUCUCUCUCUGUCUCUCUCUUUCUCUCCCUCCAUUUAUUCUCUUUUAGUUCCUCCCACCCACUCCUUAAGUGGUGAAAACUAGGCUGUCUUGUUUUCUGGUACUGAUCACUCUCCCAAGUAAGCAGUAAGCAUAACACUGAAGGCUGAAGCAUAGUCUGCAAUAUUGGAAAACUGAGGUUUCGUUUCUUACAUCAAUUUUUUUACUGUGUUUUUGGUGCUGGUGAGUUGUGGUAAUUUCAAUUUUAAGUUAUGAUGAGCUAAGAAGGGAAGAUGCUUGGCUUUAAUCCCAAGUCGGAGACAAAGAAUUUCAAGUGCCUUUCGGUAGGUGCUAUGGGAGUUAUUGCUUGCAUAAAGAAAAUUGUAAUAUCAUUAGACUUCUCCCGAGAAAGAGUAGCGCUUUACCAAGCUGACCCAGUAAUGAUUCUUUCAUAUUAAGGUGAGGAGCUAAGUGACUGCUGUCAGAAAUCGGCUCUAUCAGUCUCUGACUGCUCUUUGUUGAAAGAAACAAGCUCUCAACCUCACUGCACUACCCAGAUAUGUUAACACCAAACUCAAACUUGGAAUCUGGAAAUGAGUCAGGAGUCGGUCGCCAAGUAGCUUCAAAUGUACAUGUGCAAGAAGCAUCCCCCGAUCCUUCCAAAAACAGCACCACCAAUUCAUCCUGUCUGACAAAUGUCAUAGAGAUUCAUCCAGAUCCAGAGCCUGUUUCCCUCGACUUGACACUCCACUUCAGCACCAUUGAUGCUGACAUGAAGGACAUGGGUGAGAGAAGUAAGGUAGCAGCCCAUAAUUCAGCAGGAACAGUUCCAAGGGUUUUCUCUUGCAAUUAUUGCCGUCGCAAGUUCUUCAGUUCACAGGCGCUUGGUGGCCAUCAGAAUGCUCAUAAGAGGGAAAGAACAAUGGCAAAGCGUGCCAUGCGGAUGGGAAUGUUCUCCAAUAGCUAUACUAGCUUGGCUUCUCUGCCCCUUCACGGUUCUGCAUUUCGGUCCCUUGGUGUUGAAGCUCAUGCUGCAAUGCACCAAAGAAUACCACCAUCAGAAAGGCCACCUAGAGGUGGAGCAAGGUUUGAACAAGGCUAUUUUGGACCGCCAAUGUUCAUGGAAGACGAUGAUGUGGGACUGUUUUGGCCUGGGAGUUUCCGGCAGGUGAGUGAGCCAGAACGAUCAUUGGCUUUGGAAUUACCUUCAACUGCAAACAUGAAUUUUCCCAUGACAGCACCGUCUCUGAGGACAAAUACAUCUUCACCUGAUCUUACUUUGAAACUUUAAGACUUUUUUCGUUUAAAUUUCAUAAUCUUUCAGAAAGAGUUCGCUUUGUACAUGAGAUAUGCACUGGCAACGGCUAUGCGCUUUUUAAUUAAAACACUUUCGCUUUUGGUUCUUUAAA